AUGAAAGUACAACUUUACGUCAGGAUCGAACACUACAAGACGGCCAUACACCCCGAGCAUAUCCAGGACACAAGGACGUCACGGUUCACACUUGCACCAAAUCGUUAUUAUAAUUCCGAUCUCAACCUCGCUUCAGUCUCAGACAUGUCUUCCAGAACCCACCGGAAGCUUUCCCCUCUGACUACCAAUUGGAAUAAUAGGAGUCAAUCAAGUAUAAACUCUGAUGCUGCAGUCUUCUAUUCAGCGCAAGCGCACCCGACACCAAUCGAGCUCGAACAACAAAUUCCUCAAUCCUACUCCUCUCGUGCUCAUCCAGGCACCACAUCUUCUCCCCGAGAAUUUCAGCCUACCAAGAUGGACCGCCAAGAUUCAGGUUUUGCAGAGAAUAUUGCCUACAUGCCUAGCCACAUGCGAAAAUCAUCAUCACGGCCCAGUUCGAAAUCAUCCUCUCAAAACCCUCGACCCUCGUUAAAUCCCUCCCGGAAAUCAUGUUCGCGCUCAAAGGACUCCUCUGGCCCUUCUUCCUCGGCCUCGAGCGCAACCAGCCGUUCAACCCCCAAACGCUCUCCGAAAUCUCCCCGCGCAUCCACUUCCCACUCUCGGCCCAAUCUCUCGUCUCGGCACCACCACAGUCAAACAUUAUCAUCGUCACCACAAUAUCAAUUUUUCCACUUUCCAUCACUAUCCGAUGACAUUUCCCAAGAAACAUCAGACACCGCCGUAACCCCAGCUCCACCCCCGCCAGCCACAAUUCAUUAUUGGACGUCCGACCAAACCCGAAAAUUAGAAUACGCAGCCAUUGAUGCAGCAAGCAAAGGGAUUCGAGGGUUUGUAGUAAAAUGCAUACCAGAUUGUUUCUUGCCAGUGGAGAAGAGAGGGACCAGAUUUUGUGAAGAGGAUAUGAGAGAGUGUGAUGAUGAUGAUGAUGCAGGGAGCGUGAGGAGAUAUCGAUUGGUACUGGAAGACGAGGUAGAAAAUGAGAUGAAGGGGGAAAAGAUCGAGGAAAGGCCUCAGUCCGUGAAAGAACAUCGCAGGCGGUGGAGCUCUUUUAUUAAACGUUGA